AUAAACUCUCCAUAAUCCGACAACAUGGUUCUCGCAGUCGAUCUCCUCAACCCCACCCCUCAAUCUGAGGCCCGCAAGCACAAGCUCAAGACCCUCGUCCCCGCUCCUCGCUCUUUCUUCAUGGACGUCAAGUGCCCCGGCUGCUUCACAAUCACCACCGUCUUCUCGCACGCCAACACAGUCGUCGUCUGCCAGGGCUGCUCACAGGUCCUGUGCCAGCCAACUGGUGGCAAGGCAAGAUUGACCGAGGGCUGCUCUUUCCGAAGGAAGUAAACGAUCAAUUGGGGACGAUGACGAUGGAGGACUGACGGUUUACGACCCAUGAUGAGAUGGGAGAUGUGAUUCUCAUCGAAAUACCGAUCGACUCGAAUGCGGAUAGAAGAGGGAUCUUUCCAAUCGAGUUCAGCCAAAAGCGUUCACGGGAGUUCCGGAUAUCUAGCGUUGAUCAUGACCGUUCUAUCUCCUUGAUAUGUUUUCCUACGUUUGGCAUGCCUUUCACACAGCUUUCUAUAUAUGCAUGUGGCAGGCGAGAUUAGCAUCUCAGAGCUCUAGGUUAAUCGCCUAGCGCGAGGACCGGUUGCGAUCGAGGAUACCUUUUCCGCGUGCAAAGCGGUCCUAUGUAAAAUGAAACACUUCAAAAGCAACUUGAAUAUACUGAACACUAUGUACUGCCGUGACCACCGC